AUGGGUCGUCCAAGACUUAUCAUAUUAAUCAGACAUGCCCAGUCUGAGGGCAAUAAAAACCGCGAGAUCCAUCAAACCAUCCCUGAUCAUAGAGUCAAAUUGACUCCCGAAGGAUGGCAACAAGCCCGAGACGCAGGCCGCCGGCUGCGAAAGCUACUCCGCCCAGACGACACCCUCCAAUUCUAUACUUCGCCAUAUCGACGAACGAGAGAAACGACAGAAGGUAUCCUGGAGACUCUGUCCUCGGAUGAUCCCGACCCCUCGCCUUUUAAACGAUCCAAUAUGAAAGUAUACGAGGAACCACGCUUAAGAGAACAAGACUUUGGAAACUUCCAGCCCUGCAGUGCUGAGAUGGAACGCAUGUGGCAAGAGCGUGCUGAUUAUGGCCACUUCUUCUACCGUAUCCCCAACGGAGAGAGCGCUGCCGACGCCUACGAUCGUGUCUCGGGCUUCAACGAGAGCUUAUGGCGGCAGUUUGGGGAAGAUGACUUCCCCAUAACUCACGGUCUCAUGUCACGAGUCUUCCUCAUGAAAUGGUAUCAUUUCUCGGUCGAAUACUUCGAGGACUUACGAAACGUGAACCACUGCGAAUUCCUCAUCAUGAAGAAACAAAAGGAUAGUGGCAAAUAUGACCUUGAGAAUAACUUGCGGACAUGGUCUGAACUCCGUCGAGAGCGGGCUGCCAUCAAAGCUAAGGAGGAUAAGGAGCUCGCAGAAACGGGGAAGGAGAGAGAACCUGCCAAAAUAGAGAGGCAGAGCACUACACCUAGCCAACCACGAAAAUGGGGCGGUUGUCCUCAUGGCUGCAACCACGGCAAGAACUUUAAGAUACGACGCGACUUGGCUGAGCUUAGGCAACACGAUGAAAACUGCGCCAAGAACGGUACUACCCAUCCUGUCCCUGAAGUUAAUGGCAGUAUAGCCACUCGUAGGGCGCCGGCGAAGAGAUUCCUAGGACCCAACAAUUCCGAUGACGACUCGGACGAUCCUCGGGGUAAGAUCCCUCCCCAAAUCGACAUUACUAAAGCCCAAGAUGAGGUUGUUUCUUCGCCGGACGGGACACCUUCUUUCAUAACUAUAGAGGACCGACUUCGUAACGCGCUUAAGACUCCUCAGAAGUCGUCAUUUCUCCACCUUGGUCGCGACUUCGGUGGAACUUAUUCAGGUCAUGCUAGUGAGGAGGAAUUCUCGGAGAACGAUGCUCGACUACGCCUCGCUGCUAAGGCGGCGCGCGUUAAGAACGGCGAACGGAACGGGAAUCUAGCGAAUGUCCGAGAACCCUCGACAACACGCCAUACACACGCGAACAGGCUCGGCGACGCACCUAGUAACUCUGAUCAGGGGUCUGAUGGUGGUGACGAAGCUGAAGAUAUCGACAAGGCUGAGCGAGAGGAUAAGAGCCUUCGGGGGAGCGUAUACUAA